UCAACCAAACGGCAGUGUCGUGGGACGCCUUUAUUUUUUUAGUUUUAUUAAUCACAUUUAGACCGAAAAUGUAUUACGUGAAGUGCAAAUAUUUAAUUUGUAAUAAUUAGUUACCAUUUAUUUAAUAUUUCUGUAGUGUAGAUUAAGUGUAAACAGUGAAAAUGUUGAAUUACAAGUACCUAAGUCGCGAGCACCUCGAAGGGUUCGAUAAUUAUAAGUACAUGGCCAUAGACACCAGUCCGCUGAGUGUGUAUGUUAUGCAUCCUUUUUGGAACAAAGUUGUUGAGUUUGUACCAAAAUGGGUGGCUCCCAACGUGUUGACAUUCGGUGGUUUUCUUCUCAUCGUGUUGAACUUUUUACUCCUGUCGUAUUACGACUACGACUACUACGCGGCCAGUACGCCUUUGUACAACGAAACUGUGGGGGAAUCCCCCCUUAAUGGACAUAUGGAGGUCAUACCGCAAACUCUAUGGUAUUUCAUCGGGAUCUUCUUGUUUUUGGCUUAUACUUUAGAUGGCAUAGACGGCAAGCAAGCGCGGCGAACACAAACUUCAGGACCUUUGGGAGAACUAUUCGACCACGGGUUGGAUUCUUACACGGUGUUCUUUAUACCAGCCUGUCUGUAUUCUAUAUUUGGACGACUGGAUUACUCUAUACCGCCUAUAAGAAUAUAUUAUGUAAUGUGGAAUCUACUGCUGAAUUUCUACAUCAGCCAUUGGGAGAAAUACAAUACCGGUGUAUUAUUUCUACCUUGGGGAUAUGAUUUCAGUAUGUGGGCAUCCACAGCAUUUUUCCUAUGGACGGGUGUAAAAGGCACGAGUUUCUACAAGAAGUAUAUAUUCGCUGGAUACACAUUAGCCAACCUGUUUGAAGUGCUCAUAUACGCUACGGGAGUCGUCACUAACUUGCCUGUCGCGCUUUAUAAUAUUCAUCAAUCGUACAAACUACGCACAGGCAAGAUGCGGUCCCCUAGCGAAGCGCUGCGGCCGCUGUGGUCGUUCCUCACAGUGUUCGCAGUGUGCUCGGUGUGGGUGCACAAGUCCCCGCGCCUGCCCGACACAGACCUGCGCCCGCUGUUCCUGCUCAUUGGCACUCUCUUCAGUAAUGUCGCUUGUCGUCUAAUAGUGAGUCAGAUGAGCAACCAGCGCUGCGACGCCGUCAACUGGUUGCUGUGGCCGCUGACUGCAGCCGCUUCCGUCUCGCUGCUGUUGCCGCACUAUGAGAUUGUCGCCUUCUAUGCCAUGACGAUACUGACUGUGCUGGCUCAUAUACAUUAUGGGACUUGUGUUGUACGUCAAAUGUGCGACCACUUCAGAAUAAGCUGUUUCUACAUAAAGCAGAGGUCAGAUUGACUCUUAGAUGACAAUGCGUGUUAGUAACAUAACACCCUGUAUGUAAUUACAGGUUCUAAAUAAACAACAUCAUGUACAUGCAGCCGUUGAUGAAACAUAUCCAUCUUUUGUUUGUGGUACUAGAUUAUUUAAAAACAAAUUGUGUCAUAGGAAAGUCACAUUAUAAAGCCUGCCUAGCCUUUUCCCAACUAUGUUAGGGUCGUCUUCCAGUCUAACCGGAGGCAGCUGAGUACCAGUGUUUUACAAGGAGCCACUGCCUAUAUACUCUCAACCCAGUUACCCGGGCAACCCAAUACCCCUUGGUAAAACUGGUUGUCAGACUGACUGGAUUCUGACUACCCGUAACGACUGCCAAAGAUGUUCAAACGACAGAAGAUGAAUGAUGUUAAUGGGAAAAUGGUUUAUUUAAAAUAAUCUAGUGCCUUAAUAUUUCACAUACAUAAAGGGUGUUUAUUUCAUAGUAAAAAUGCAAUUUAAUUUCAUUACUUACCAGUGAUUAUGAAAAUUAACCACUAUUAAUUUGAUUUCUAUGAAAAAUAUUUUUUACUAUGAAAUAAACAAUAAAAUAAAAAUACAGCUUACUAGACAGAAGUACACCGUUCCUUAAAUAGAAUAAAAAACUAGAUUUAAUACGAAACAGAAAGUACAUUUUGUUGUUAUUAUUUUUAAAUGUUAUGUUAUAUUUUAUAAAGAUUGUACACACAGCAGAAGAUAUAUUUUCUGAAAUAUGCAAUUUUGAAUUUCGAAAUAGUUAAGGGUUUUGUCAUAGUUACGACGUUCUUUUUUUAUUUUAUUUUUUUAUCUACAUACACACAUAUACAUCAUGUUAAACCUUUUUAGCAAAUCUUUUUUGAUUUUUUUUUAAAUUAUUUUUAUUUUGUAUUUCUACUGUGUACGUCUUUAUUUCGAGGGUUCAUAAUACGCAUUGUCUAAAUCCAGUACCAAUCGAAAAGGUAUUUAUUAAUUUUUAAGUGUAUUUUUUACAAAAUGAUUUCGCAAAUAUUAAGAUUAGCCGAAUUAUCUGAGUUUCGAUAUAAAGUCUACUUAAUAUUUGCUGUUUUAGCCGGUUAUUCUUGAUAAAAAGUUAAUUGCUUUUGGCUAAUUUAAUUUUCUGCAAAUUGAGGAAUCUAUCUUUGAUAUACAGGUGGUUGUUUUGUAGACUUUUUUUGUUAGGUUAUAAUCUCUAUAGAUCUGUAGAUUUUAACCUCUUAACUUAUUUUUUAGUUAAUAGAGAAUAAAAGUUAUUAUAGCUCGUCAUUUUUUAUCGUAAAACGAUAAUGUUUAUCAUAUAACGGUAAAAUUUUAUUUAUUUUAGUUUUUUUUACUGUAUUAAGUUUGGUUGUGACAACAUUACGAGAUUGUGAAAAGUUUUAAAUUCCUCAAUUUGUAUUUUCUUUUUAAUCAUUUGAUAUUAAUUUUAAUCAAAUUAUUAUUUUAAAUAUUUUUAUUCAAAUCGAAGAUAAAUAAUAUUUAAAAUAAUAAUUUUGGAAGCCUUAGUUUUAAGUUUAAAAUGAGAUUUAAUUCAAAAUUUCGCUUGUAAUCGCAAUUAUUUUUAAGCACUGUCUAUGUAUAAUUGGUGUCUAUGACAGUCUGUAUAUUUCGUGUUCUAGCCCGCCUAAAAUAAUUAAACAAAUAAAAAGAAGAUUACUAACAUUUAAUUAUAUUAUUUUAGACAACAGAAUGCUUCAUUGACCAAAAAACUUUUACUUUCCAAAAAUAAUGACGUUUUAUAUAGAAAAAAUCGUUUUGGCAAAAAAAUAAUUGUUAGCUAAGACACUAUACUACUAACAGUAUAAUUUUACUCUAAAAUAAAUACUAACAAAAUAUGCUGGUUCGCCUCAGUAUUAUUUGCGUGAAAUGUGAACCCACCUUUAUUUCAGCAUGUUUUUUAACAUUUUUAUUUUGUAUACCCUUAUCAAUCACUUGAUCGUUUUUUUACUACAUUUUAUUUUUUUACCUUUAUGUCAAAUUAAUCGCAAUAAAUAAAUACUGCUGGAUAGUACUCGAUUUUUUUUUCUUUGCGAUCUAUUUUGAUGGACGCUCGGCAUCAGAUUGACUGGUGUAAAACAUUUUUAAUAUUGUAAAAUGGGGUCAUAUUUGAGUACUAUUCAGCCGUAUUGAAAUAUGAUAAUUAUAACGCAUUACAAAAUAAAAGUGCCUCAUGUUAGUAAAAAAAAUAGUAUUCCAUAGAUCGCUAUGUAACAUUUAAGCUCUGAUAUAAUAACUUAAUAUUCAUUUGUUUUGAAAAAAAAAUGUACCACUAAAAUCUCCUUUAUUUAAAGCAAAAUUUCAUGUUCUGGAUCUUAGACUAUUCCAUUUUGUGUAAUUUUCGAAAAUUCGCUUUAUGUAUCUGUACUGCUUGAAAUUAAUUUGUAUUUUGAGGAUUUAUCCUAAAUUAGAGUAUUCGAAGACCUAGGUUAAAUACUGUUGUAUGAUGACCGUCAUAUAAUGUUAUUUCGGGUGUAGUUUGUGGCAAACUUAAUGACGGCUCGGAACUUAAUGCGAUUUGCUGCGCAGAAACCCAUUUUUCGGUAUAGCCCACGGAGUAAAAAAAAUGAGCGGAGAUGCCAUAAAUUUGUCUUCUUCUAGGGCAAAUACGGACGGGGUGGGCGUGAUUAAAACGCUCAGUUAAGAGUGAACUAACAAGGCGUUCGGGGACACAUGUCGACGAUUCUCGUUUUUACAAAAAAAAAAAUGUUCCAAAGUGCUAUUUUCUUAUGAGGUUUUCGUUAUGCCACCUCCGCUCAUCAUUGUUUUCUCUAUGUCAUGGCCACAUGCGCAUACCUGUUCUCUGAAGUUAGUUGCGAACCACCAUUAAGUUUACCGACAACAAUAUCGCUCUGCGUUAUAUAACUGAUAAUUCGGACUGAAGUGUAAGUCAGGGUAACCCUAACAUUGAUGGAAAUAAAACUGCGUACAUUUGAGCAUAAUAAAUAUCGUAUUGUGUAUAAUUAAAUAUAAAAUUAAACUUUAAUGUAUAAAUUUCAAGAGAGAUUGUAAGGGACCGUUGUAAGAAGGCAUAUCGUGAGACUUAAAGUUUAUGCAAAAAAAUCAUGAUAAUAUUUUUGGUCUAGUUUAAUAUUAUGCUUGGAUUGUCGAACUACGACAGUUCUCUAUUUUUUGUUUCCAGUGCAUAUUAAUAUUUAUUUAUGUGAUAACUGAAAAUCCAAAAAAGUCGUCUCAUACUGGAUUCUGCAUCCCUUUUAAGAUGUCUGACCAACAAAUAUACAAAAAUGCUGAUGAAAACGUAUUUAUUACAAUUAUGUAUUGUACUGACUGGUAUGUAUUAUGGUCUAGAAAAAGUAUGUAAAAACAGCGACCACGACUCGGCAAUCAAAGUUCGUACCUAUUUAGUACCAUUUCUUAUCACCAGAGGGCACCAUAAAGGAGGCCAGAAAGGGAUAGUCUUAUAUAACCUGCAUAAGUCCAAUUAAUUCGAACUUUUUAGUACUCGGUGGUACUGUUUUUUUUUUUUUAAAUAUAAAUAGAUGAGUAAGAAAAGCUGUGUAAAUAUAUUUCUUUUGUACAGAUGCACGCAGUUAGAUAAAUACCUAGCCUGUUCCUCUGGCUGCCUAGAUAUGUCAGUAACUUAGUUCAGAUGAUUAUACAAUAUUAUUUGUAAACUAAUGAAUGACAGAAGAAAUGUCUACAUAGUGUUGAGAAUUAACAACUCCAUUUAUAAUUUAAUCUGUGUCAUUGAACUCGUCAUGCAACCACAAAAUACCAUGAAGUCUGCUUAAAACGAGUUCUUAUUAGCUUGAAAUUAAGGAAAAGUAAAUGGCUUUUACUGUAGUGUGAUAAUAGAAUGAAAAGGUUUAUAUAGUUCCUUUUACGCAUUGACGUGUCCAGGUGACAAAUGUCGAGAUUCUUCAUAUAAGGAUACCGAAUGUUCUGUGCAGUUGACAGCUGUCAGUUUUCAAGGGAAAAUACCAUUGUUUGUACGGAUAGCAACAGUGAAUUGCACUUAAAAACGGUCAGAUCACUCCAUUUACUCCUAAUCCAUGACGCAUAAUUAUCUGAACUAAGUUUUAACUAUGAAUAAUGAACAAGUUCUUCCUUGCUGCCUUGCCGGUGCCGGUCUAAAGUCUAGUACGAUAUAUUUGUAGCUAGCUAGUGGCUUUUUACACUAUGACACACAGUCAUUGCUUCUCCACUGUUGUAUGUGUCACAAUAAAAUGUUUCGAUGAUA